UGUCGGUUGUAAAUGUUUUUCAACGUUAACGCCCGGGAUCUAUUUUUGUAAUAAAGCAACAAGUGUCAACAUUAGAGCGAUUCAAAUUUAAUAUGGGUUGUGCUGUGAGUACAACGGGCGAUAAACAAGCACAAGCCAAGUCCAAAUUAAUCGACAAAGGGCUCAGGGAAGAUGGAGAAAGGGCAGCAAGCGAAAUCAAACUGUUACUUUUGGGUGCUGGAGAGUCAGGAAAAAGCACCAUUGUCAAACAGAUGAAAAUAAUACAUGAACAGGGCUACUCUCAUGAAGAACGGGAACAAUACAGGCCAGUUGUUUACAGCAAUACAAUACAAAGUCUUAUGGCUAUUAUUAGGGCCAUGGGACAGUUAAGGAUCGAUUUUGCUGACCCCAGCAAAACUGACAUAGCACGACAAUUCUUCACGUAUGCCAGUGCAGCAGAAGAAGGCGAACUAACUCCUGAACUUGUUAUUCUAAUGAAAAAACUAUGGCAAGACAUGGGAGUGCAAUUGUGUUUUGCCAGGUCCAGGGAAUAUCAACUAAACGAUUCGGCAGCGUAUUAUUUAAACGCUUUGGAUCGAAUUUCGCAACAUGGUUAUGUUCCCAGUCAACAGGAUGUCUUGAGGACAAGGGUCAAGACUACAGGAAUUGUGGAAACGAACUUUUCCUUCAAAAAUUUGCGUUUCAAGAUGUUUGACGUUGGUGGUCAACGCUCGGAGAGAAAAAAAUGGAUUCAUUGCUUCGAGGGGGUCACCGCUAUAAUAUUCUGCGUAGCUCUUUCAGGAUACGACCUGGUAUUGGCUGAAGAUGAGGAAAUGAACAGGAUGGUCGAAUCGAUGAAGCUGUUCGACUCGAUUUGCAACAGCAAGUGGUUCGUUUCCACCUCGAUCAUUUUAUUCUUGAACAAGAAGGAUUUGUUCGAGGAGAAGAUCCUGCGCAGCCCUUUGACGAUCUGUUUCCCCGAAUACAGCGGCCUGAAUACUUACGAGGAUGCCUCGAAUUACAUACGCAAGAAAUUCGAGAAUUUGAACAUGCGCAAAGAUCAGAAGGAAAUCUACACGCACUUUACUUGCGCCACCGAUACAAACAACAUUCAGUUUGUCUUCGAUGCUGUCACUGAUGUUAUUAUUAAAAAUAACCUCAAGGAUUGCGGUCUCUUGAUGUAAUGUGCCAAUUGUUACAUUUUAGAUAAUUUACUGUUACUGCUAAUAAUGAUGACAAUAAUUGAAAACAACUGCCAAUUUUUGUAUAUAUAUACUAAAUCUCUGUCAGGUAAAUUUUGAUCUCUAAAUUUAUUCCAAUGUUUGCAGUAUUUAAUUUUUUGUGCCUUAGUAUUUUAACCAACUUAAUUAAUUUUGGUUAAUAAUAAUUAUUUGUGUACUCAUUUUUUCGAACAUAAUUAAAUUAAAAAAGUAUUAA